UGUUGUGCGGCGCCCGACGGAGGGCCAUUGUCUUAUUACCGUACGGAAGGGUGAAACAAUGAAGGCAGCCAUCUUGCUGUACGGAUAAAGAAAAAUCAUUCGCUAGAUAUAUAGAAAUAUAUUUUGUUACGCGAAGCACCAUUUCUGACCAUAAACGAUUUUUUCUUUAAAAAUCUUGCGUCUCUGGAUUCCUCCUCAAGCAUAAGAUGAGAGGAUUCGUUGAGCGCAAGGCGUGUCGGGAAAAGGCGGUGCUUACGUGGGCCGUUGCUGAUGACGGUUUUAAAAGAGCGGCGGGAGUUUCGAAGGCGCGCGCAGAAGGGCAGGCUGGGCCGAGGCUUCGUUUAUUGAUCGUUUGAUUUAUUUAGAUCCCGCUUUUCUCCACAAUCGGAACCCACAGCGGCUUGUCACAUGGUUCUCUGCCGCUCUGUCCUUACAGCAGCAACCUUGUGAGGAUCCAAAGAAGCAGCUGUGUUUCUGGAUCUUGAACCAGCUAAGGAGAGUUUCUGGUUUCUCUUUUAAGAACUGGAACUGCAAAAUGGGAGAAUCUACAACUUCCUUGAGGAAUGGUGUCUUAUCCCAUCUGGAAAACCUUGAAGCUUCUAACCACCAACAGGCAGUGAAACAAGGGGAAAGGGAGCAGCAUCAAAAGAAAGUGGCCAAGCUGAAAGCAAGGAUCCAGGAGCUGAGACGCCAGAGAGAUGAAAUUAAGGCCAAACUGAGCAUGAGUUGCCCUGGGUUCACCAAGGGCAAAGAUUCCAUCCCAAGUGCUAAGACUCCCCGGGCUUCAGGCGCCAGCACACAAGCUAUCUUGGAAUGGAAGAUGAGCAACAUCAAGAAUCUGCUACAAAUGUUUCAUCUGACAGGCAUCAGUGGGAAACUGACCAGAGAAGGAGCCUGUCUGUGCAUUAGCACUGCUUUUGAAGGCACUUACCUGGACUCCUAUUACCUGAACCUGCGCAUACGGCGACCUGUCCUGAUCCAGCGCCACACAGUCCCAGCCUUCAUCCCCUUGAAACAAAUAGCUGACGAAUAUCUGCAGACAGACAUCAAACGCUUCUUCUCUGUGCUUUCCAGUCACCUGAACGCUUACGUCGGGAGGAAGUUCCAGGCAGAGCAGUUACAGGAGCAUUUUGCUGCUUUCCUCGCAGGGCCCUUGCAGGGAAAUUCUCUCUACAAUCUGUUGGAGUUCAGCUAUGGUGUGGAACCGGAAGACCAGACUUUUCCCUUCUUGGCCAAGCUAGCAUACGGAGACCCCAUGUGCAUCCUCCCAACAGAAGUCAGUGUGGCAUGUAAAGAAGACGCUGCGGCUUCCAAGGCAGAGAUGGCAGCCAAUCAUCAAGCUUUAUUCCACGAGAAGCCGCUUCAUGAGGUCUUCAGAUCCUUCAGAGACUCAACAGAAAACCUGAGUCAAGCAGUUCUGCUGGAGUUGUCUGCUUCUUCAAAAGGCGUGCCUUCAGACCGUGGCAAGGCUGCUGCUGUGUAAUUCUUGUAGAGAACUGAGAUCUCAGCUGGCGGCUCUUUCCUGCCCAGAAGGCCUUUCUGCUGUGUGUGUUGCUGAAGGGCUUGUCUUUUCUUUGAUUGCAGCCAUCACUGGGAGGCUCGUUGAUCCAUUUUCCUCAUAAACAAGCAUGCUCUUUCAAAGAUGCAAAAUGAACACUUGGACAAAAGAAAACAAGCAGACCUGUGGGGGCUCAAGCAGGCUCUCCAUCCGCUGUUGGUUACUGCAGGAGCAGCAUUUGUGCCUGCACUCUUCCUAUAACACACAUCGGCUCCUGUUUGCUGGAAUUCCCAUAAGAGAACCAAAAUGUCUUCUGCAGGCAUCACGGGAGUGUUAGUACUUCCAGCAUGGCUGGUGUGUGCUCACACUUGUAUGGCUAAGGAGGGGUGGAAAGUCUUUGGGGGGUGGGUGGCACUUGCCCCCAAAUGGGUCACUGAAAUGCCAUCUGAAGUACCCCUAAGGAGUUAGCUGCUUUUACGCUGGCACAAACAAUUUUAGAGAAAUUUCACUAUGGGUGUGAUGCAUUAUCCCAGCUCUGAAAAAGCUGGUUCUCUUUUAUCCGUGCCCUGACAUUCACACGGCCCCAGCCCUGCUGCCAGGAAAGGCACUGCCGCAUACGCGCAAGAGGAACCUUCAGACUGCUCAUGCACAUGCUGGGCUGGGGUGGGGUGGGGCGGGUGCAGUGCAUGCCCAGCCAUUCAGACAGCCAGGGAAGGCUCCCUACAUACAAUUUAGAGGUUUGCUACCUGCAAGUUCCCAGUAACUUUUUAAUCCGCUCCUGAGACAAGGUAGGUAUGGGUGGGACUCAGGAGACAGAUAUGCUGGUGUGAUCAAGCACCUUAAAUCCGGAUGGGAGGUGUGGCUAGGUCGGGGCCAAAACUCUGGGGUGAUUGCACCCUAAGAAGCAUUCUCAGUUCAAAUAUUUCAGUUUGUAAAUCAUAAUGACAUCCUCUGUUCACAUUGCGAUAGGACUAAAAUGGAAAGGCCACAUUUAUGCUAUAGAUUUUUGCAGAGCUCUUAUUUACACUAUAGCAUUUAUUGAUAUAUUUUAAAAUUAAUAAACAGUAGCCAGUUUAGCUCAGAA